UGUCAGACCAAUCCGAUCAGCAUUCGUGAUUCUUGAGCGUCAAGCGUAUUCAAGAAGCCUCGUCUGAUGACAACACUUUCUUGUUGCACAUUCACUCCGACACAGGUGUGUCACUCUGAGCACCGCUCUCACACUGCCACGCUGACAGGUACGCUGAGUCGCGAUUUUGACCGCGCCCCCGUGUCUUCGCCCGGAAUCUUUGCCUACGCGGUACAGUGCUAUCAUUGCACUCGCACAUCUCGCACAUUCCCACGGCCACGGUCACGGUCAAAUUGCAUUCGAUCAUUCGACUUCCUUCAGCUUCCCGUCCAUCACCACUGCUCUUGCUCGACAGCAAAAAGUCCAGCAGCGUUUGGGGUCGUCGCGGUGAACUCAUGAUGAGCUCGAGCAACGGCGCAUCACCCGCCGCGUCCAGCACCACACUUGCAUCCGCCGCUACAAAUCAAUUGCCAGCCGUGGGACCAAUCGACGGUGACACUGAUUUGACCAACGGUAAUACUUCUAUCACUUCACACCAUCAUCAGCACGCCUCGACGGUGCCGCAGAGCAACCUAGCAACUCCGGUCAUCAUGCAGCAGCGCAAAUCAUCUCCUCUAGCAGCAUCCUCCAUCCAGAAGCUCGGCACAGCAGACAUCUUGGAAAGGAGACCUUCGCCGCUCGUACCUCUUGACGGCGUCUCCGCUUCAAUGCCCGCGGCGCACAGCUCUCACUCCAAGGUGACCGAAGCGGGACGCGAUGCAGCGGCAGGACAGACCGUCACCCUCUCAGCUUCCAACUCCACCUCAAGUCUAGGUGGCACGACGAUGGACUUGGACGACGCUUCCAUCUCUCAAGUCACGCACUCAAGCAGCGCUGCUCCGUCGCCAGCCAAUGCGAGAAGUGGUGGUAGGCGCGGUACUCCGCAAGCGGAAGAGACGAUGGGCUCGGAAGCUCGACGGUCGAGGAGGGUGUUGCCGGCUCGUCUGCUUCGGGUCUCUAGCAUCUUGGCAGGUGGCAGCAAGGAAGACGAGCUUGGAAUUGGAACUCCUACAAAGCUCGAUCAAGGCUUCUUGUUGCCCAACCUGCCGAUCAUUUUGAGCAGCAGCUCCGUCUCGUCGGCCUACGAGCAUCGCUUCUUGAACGCAAGUGGAGAGGAUUUUAGCUUCUUUUCGGAUCCCAAUGUGGCUCGAAGCUGCCGAGCGAGGGAAUUGAUCGAGACGCCAGAGUUCAAACCGUGGGACGAAGGUGCUAUGCUGGGAAAGACGAGAGCCUUGAGAAGCGAGGAAGACAUGUCGGAUGCGGCUUACGAGCGUCGGCAUCGUCGAGGAGACAAGUUGGAGAAGCGCCAAAGGCGUCUGGAAAAAGAGGCGCUGAUACGCGACCGUCAGAAACUCAAGGAGCGCAUCGAUCAGCUCAAAUCGGCCGAUGCCAGACUUCUCAUGCCGAUCCUCCAUGCUAGGGAAAGGCACACCGAAUCGCGCGCUCCAACACCUCCAGGGGAAGGAUCAACCGUCAAGACGUCUGCGAAUGUCGGGCUUUCUGAGGGGUCAUCCUCUGCAGCCGAUACUUCCUCCAAGCUCGAGCACCUUCGUGCUGAGCUUCUAGGCGAAGCAUUGGAGACUCUUGCGCGAUACGAUGCACUGCUGCCGGAGCUCGUAACCACCGCUGCCAGAGCGACUCCGCCAAUUGCACCUACCGCAACACCCAUGGAGAAGCGCAGCAACAAACGACCGGCUACCGAAGAAGCUUCGGCCAGCGCGGCCGAGGACGACGAGAGCACCGACUCACGCUCGGCAGCGGCCACUGCUGCAGCCGUUCAGUACGCCAAGAACAAGGCCAGGACUGCUGCUGCCACAGCUGCUCGACAGAGAAAGGCGAGGGAGAGGCGUGAAGCUGCAGCACGCGAAGCUGCUGGCUUGCCACCUCUUCCCCCUACCGAUGUAGCGAGCAGCUCGACUGCGACAUCUUCAGCUCGAGUCAUCAAGUCGACGCUGAAACGGUUGCCGUCUGCAGCGAGCGCUGCAACAAGGCCAACGAUCAGUCUCUCCCGUCGCAAAAGCGCGCCAGAGACGAGCACAGCUGCAUCAAGAGCGCGCACAUCGCAAGCUCUUGCAAGGUCCGUCUCGGCUGUGCGUCAGAAUCGAGCCAGUCUUCCAAGUCUCAAGAAACCCGCAGUAUAUGCGGUCAAGAAUCACUUUAACAUUCACGCGCGCACAUCUGGUGGUCGAUUCGCUCCAAAGAGCGCCCUCACCGGUGCGGGCAAGGCUGCACCUUUGGCUUCCACACCGAAAAAAGUUGCUGCUGCGUCAAAGCAACUUGUACGCUCGGCGAAGAGCGCGUCGACGGCAUCACCCGAGCCUCCAAAGCGCAGUCCGCGCACCGCGCGACGAGAAGUUCCGAGCACAUCGACGUCAGAGGAGCGAAAGGCGUCUGGCUCGAACAGGGGUAUCAGGGGCGCUAGUGGACGUUUCAUCGAGCCACCUCAUUCCUUGUUGGCUUACCAACAGCGCCAACAAGCAAAUCGCACAGGUCCGUCUUUGUCGGAGCUCGAAGCUGCCAACAAGCGACCGAGAAGAGUCAAGCUGAUUCUGGGUCCCGACAAGCGUGGGCAUGAAGGCGAUGCGGAUGAAGUGUCACGCACGAAGGGAACACGUCGAUCGUUCGCUUCGCGUGCAUCGGGCUCGAAGUUGACCCAAGCUGCUGUUGAAGCUCUUGAUGAAGAUGGCAAUUCGGAUGUGGACGUAGAAGUGGCCCCUGCUUUUGUGCCGGCGGCCUUGACGCUCGAACAGGCUCAAGCGCUCAUGGAAGCUGCGAUGGCCGAAGCCGGGGCAGAUGACGAUGAUGAUGGCGGCGAAAUGCAAAUCGACCUCGCAUCCCUGAUGCCGCCUACUUCUACAACGUCAGCUCCAUCUACUGACAAAACAUCGGAAGCCGUGUCAUCGGCGGUACAAGAGACGGAGGAUAAUCAAAUGCAGGUGGAUGCCAAGAAGGACGAACAAUUGGAUGACGGGCCGAGCAAAGCAGUCGAAGUUCAAUCGAGCGGCGACACCAUCGCAUCAUCUGGUGAGAAUCAGACGCAAAAUGGGCUCCAAUCGGAGGUGGAAGCAUCUGCACCGUCGGAAGAGAUGGCAACAUCCGCUUUGGAAGCAGGUAGUCCAGAUACUCCAAGCGCACGAUACGUCCCAGGUCGCACAGCACAAGCGAGGGCCCGCGCAGCAGCUUCCAUUCCAGCCAGGCGCAACUCAAGUCGAGUGAAAGCUGCGAGCGCUUUUGGCGAAAAGAUUCCCGAGCAGACGAACAAGAGGGAGGAUUUCGAUGUUACGUGGCACGCUCAGACACAGUCGCCUGGCUGGUUGCAGGACAUGGUCGUGGAACGCGCUGAAGCUCAAAUGGGUUCUCGCGAGGACAGCUCGGACAUCGAGUCGAUGCAGCGAUGAGCGUCCUUGCUCGUCAGUCUAGGCGAGCGUCUAAACCAGACGAGGUGUGCUCUUUGUCAAACACUUGUAUGCGAGACUGUGCGCAACGCCACAAAAUGCCAAUUACAUACGAUGCGUCGAGCACGAGCAAGCUUACAAAUUGAUCGGCGUAUGGGCAAUGCAUCCAGUCGAUAAAUUAGACUUGGCACGGGUCAGCUAUUCCUUCGACUCCUUCGCCCUGACAAACGCUGCAGUGCGCCAAUUUUUGCAAUCCCAAGGCGCCGCAUGAAGAGCGCGUUGACCAAGGUCAGGAGGCGCCGCUGCUUGUGGCUGCGACUCGGAAGCGGUCCCUGCUUCUUCGGCAGGGUUGACAACGGGUGCAUCAGCGUUGCUGAAUGAAGCAGCGAGAGCCAAAAGGCGCAUUGAUCGCGCAUAGUUUUCUUCACCACCCUCGGUCGAGUUGACGACCCCAAAU